AUGUUGAUGAAAUUAGACCUUUCCUUACAACAAAACAUUAAAAUAAUGAAUUCUUUACUUGGUGCAUAUUGUUCACUCCAGGAUUUUUUUAAAACAAAUGAAAUUUUUGAUUCUAUAAUAUCAAAUGGUGAAUUAAAUAAUGAAACGGUUUCAAUUAUGAUUAAAUUAAAUACUUAUAUUAGCUUAGGACAUGUUCAACAAUUUUGGAAUGGGAUUUAUGAAUUUGGUUUAUUACCGGAUGAAGAUAAUUAUAAACAAUUUGUUGUUGCUCAUUGUUAUUAUGAGAGGUAUGAUGAUGCUUUAAGGGUAGUGGAGGGGAUGAAGGAUUAUGAUUUAGAAGUUAGGGGGGAUUUAAUUGAAACUUUAUAUAAAUGGACUAAAAAUGAUGAAAAAAGAUUGGUUUUGGAAAGAUGGGCAAGGGAGAAUUAUAAAGGGAUUUGGAAUGAAUUGGAACCAAGGUUGAAGAUUGAAGGUGAAGUUAAACAGGAUAAAAAUGAGGUUAAUGAGUCCAAUGUCUUUGUAACAAAAGAAUUUAUUCAUGAAGGUUAUUAA